AUGAAAACAAACCUCAGAAGACAGGACAAUUUUAUUGAUAUUACCAAAUAUCUAUCUAUCUAUCUAUCUAUCUAUCUAUCUAUCUAUCUAUCUAUCGAUAAACGCUCAAUAUUUAACUUGACGUGUAAUAUUCCUGUAUAUCUAUCUAUCUUUUCAUUUCUUAUCUAUCUAUCUAUCUUUUCUUAUUUCUUAUCUAUCUAUCUAUCUAUCUAUCUAUCUAUCUAUCUAUCUAUCUAUAUAUAUAUAUAUAUAUAUAUAUAUAUAUCUAUUCUUAUUUCUAUUUAUCUAUCUAUCUAUCUAUUCUUAUUUCUUAUCUAUCUAUCUAUCUAUCUAUCUAUCUAUUCUUAUUUCUUAUCUAUCUAUCUAUCUAUCUAUCUAUCUAUCUAUUCUUAUUUCUUAUUAUCUAUCCAUAUCUAUCUAUCUAUCUAUCUAUCUUUUUUUAUUUCCUAUCUAUCUAUCUAUCUAUCUAUCUAUCUAUCUAUCUAUCUAUCUAUCUUUUCUUAUUUCUUAUCUAUCUAUCUAUGA